UCGAGCAUUUUAGCAUGCUUGUUAUCCUUCUGAACUGUGUCACACUAGGGAUGUUUCAGCCAUGUGAAGAUGUAAAGUGCAAGUCGGAAAGAUGCACUAUUCUAGAGGCGUUUGAUGCCUUCAUUUUUGCGUUCUUUGCUGUCGAAAUGGUCGUAAAGAUGUUAGCUCUGGGAAUAUUCGGACCAAAGUGUUACCUUGGAGACACAUGGAAUCGUCUGGAUUUUUUUAUUGUUAUGGCAGGGAUGCUGGAAUAUUCCCUUGAUGGUCACAAUGUGAGCUUAUCUGCAAUCCGUACUGUCCGGGUUCUCAGGCCGCUUAGAGCCAUUAACAGGGUGCCUAGUAUGCGAAUACUGGUGACCCUGCUGUUAGAUACUCUGCCUAUGUUAGGCAAUGUCCUUCUUCUCUGCUUCUUUGUCUUCUUUAUAUUUGGAAUUGUUGGUGUACAGCUGUGGGCAGGACUGCUGAGAAACAGGUGUUUCCUCGAUAGCAGCUUUGAGAAUUAUAAUAUUUCUUUUCUGCGGCGAUAUUACCUAUCUGAUGAGGCGGAAGAAAAUCCCUUUAUUUGUUCAUCUGAUCGAGAUAAUGGCAUGCUUAAAUGUCAAGACAUUCCGAAACAGAAAGUGAAUGGGAUUGAGUGCUCUCUUAGUAUGGAUUAUUACAAGCAUAGCUGGCACGGCAUGAAUACAAAUAUUAAAAAUGACUGCAUAAACUGGAACCAAUAUUACAAUGUAUGCAAAACAGGGGAUGUAAACCCGCACAGUGGAGCUAUUAACUUUGAUAAUAUUGGGUAUGCUUGGAUAGCUAUCUUUCAGGUCAUAACCUUGGAGGGAUGGGUGGACAUCAUGUACUAUGUUAUGGAUGCACAUUCUUUUUACAAUUUUAUAUAUUUUAUACUGCUUAUAAUAGUUGGAUCUUUCUUCAUGAUUAACCUGUGCCUCGUAGUGAUAGCAACACAGUUUUCAGAAACAAAGCAGCGGGAAAACCAGCUGAUGCAGGAGCAGCGUGCUCGUUUUCUCUCUAACGAUAGCACAAUUGCAAGCUUCUCAGAACCUGGCAGCUGCUAUGAGGAGCUUAUCAAAUACAUUUGCCACAUUUUCAGAAAGGUAAAACGACGAUUGCUGCGACUAUACAAUAACUGGCAGAGCAAACGCAGAAAGAAAGUCAACCCUAACAACACUGUAAAUGGACAAGGCAGAAAUCACAGGAGUAAAAGAAGGAUUAAGUCCAUUCAUCAUUUAAUUCAUCACCAUCAUCAUCAUCACCACCACCAUUACCAUAUAAGUAAUGGGAAUUCCAGAGGACCAAGGGGAAGUCCUGAGAUCUGUGAUGUGGAAAUGAAAUCAGUGAAGUCAGGCAGUCAACUAAUGCUUCCAUCCCCAACACUGAACCUUCAAAACCCUCCAUCAGGCACUGAAUCUGUCCACAGCAUCUAUCAUGCAGAUUGUCACUUUGAAGGGCCGCAGGUUAAAUGCAAGUCUUCCAAUGCAACGACUAGUGUCAAACUCUAUACCGGACUGUCCCGUCAUGGUAGCAUGAACUAUCCAACGAUAAUGCCAUCUAUGACCAAUAGGGCAAGCUUGACACCAAAAGCAAAGAGAAAUAAAAGCAACAGCAGCACCCCUGUAAAGAUGGGUAGGGGCUCUGCUAACCACAACACAGACCCAUAUGGGAAACUUCAUCAUUUUGUGGGGGAGCAUGGGCUCUGUAGGGCUUCCAGUAAGUUGUCGGGCAUUAGUUUAACAUGUUCUGUUUCUAAUGCUCAGUCAGGCACGUUAACCUGUGAACUCCAAAACUGCCCUUACUGUGCCAGUGUUUUGGAAAACCCUGAAUUAGAGAUCAGUGAAUCAGAGAGUGGCGAUUCAGAUCAUGAAGCAUUUUAUGAAUUCACACAAGAUUUGAGACAUACAGACCAAAGAGAUCAUAUACGACAGAAGAAGAAGAAACCAAAGAAGGAUAAAAACAAAAUAGCCCAGCUCUGGACAAGGUUCUGUGAAAAACUAAAAAGAAUUGUAGAAAGCAAAUAUUUUAACCGUGGGAUUAUGAUAGCAAUUUUAAUCAACACUUUGAGUAUGGGGAUCGAAUAUCAUGAACAGCCUGAUGAGUUAACAGAUGCAUUGGAGAUCAGUAACAUUGUCUUCACUAGCAUGUUCGCUCUCGAAAUGGCACUCAAAUUGCUUGCUUUUGGUCUCUUUGGUUAUAUCAAGAACCCCUACAACAUAUUUGAUGGGAUUAUUGUCAUCAUUAGUGUGUGGGAAAUUAUUGGCCAGUCUGAUGGAGGGCUUUCUGUGCUUCGAACCUUCCGGCUUCUCAGGGUGUUAAAGCUGGUUCGGUUUAUGCCUGCUCUACGACGUCAGCUGGUAGUCCUGAUGAAGACAAUGGACAAUGUGGCUACUUUCUGCAUGCUGCUUAUGCUCUUCAUCUUCAUCUUCAGCAUUCUUGGGAUGCAUCUUUUUGGGUGCAAAUUCUGCCUGAAGACCCCUGAUGGAGACACUAUCGCUGACAGGAAGAACUUUGAUUCCUUACUCUGGGCCAUUGUAACUGUUUUUCAGAUCCUUACCCAGGAGGACUGGAAUGUUGUUCUUUAUAAUGGGAUGGCAUCUACUUCUUCAUGGGCUGCCCUCUACUUUGUGGCUCUGAUGACAUUCGGCAACUAUGUCCUAUUUAAUCUCUUAGUGGCCAUUUUGGUAGAAGGCUUUCAAGCAGAGGGUGAUGCAAAUAGAUCAGAAACUGAUGAAGAUAAAGCAUCCGCUAAUCUUGAUGAUGACCUAGAAAAAAUUAAGGAACUGCAUUCUCCAGAAAUGAAGAUGUAUUCUUUUAUGAUGACACCAAACGGACAUCUGGAUUCCCGAGGAAGUCUACAGCCUCCAGUCAUUUUACGCACUGCCGCCACACCAAUUCCCACACCAAAGAGCUCACCAUACAUGGAUUCUGUCCAUACUUUUGUUGAUUCCAGGAGAGGCAGCAGUGCAUCAAUGGAUCCAAUGUGCUAUGAUCAAAAAUCAAUGUCCAGUAUACGCAGUUCACCUUGUCCUCCAUGGAGUGCCAACAGUAACUGGGGAAGCCGAAGAUCAAGUUGGAAUAGCCUUGGAAGGGCACCAAGCCUGAAAAAGAAAAACCAGUCAGGAGAACGAGAGUCUUUGCUCUCCGGAGAGGGCAAAGAGAGUGUGGAUGACUGUGACUCAGAUGAUGCAAAGUCCAGCAAAGCAGGCAGUGCCAGUGGUGGUUCCCUGCAUCAUCGAGCAGAAUCUGUUGACACCAAGAGUUCUUUAGACCUACCAGAGUUACUACAGGUCCCUGCUGUGCGCCAUCCUGUCACUCUUAGCCCUGUCCCUUCAGAAUACAUGGACUGCAAUGGCAAAUUACGGCACAUGCCCAAUGACUUCCUUCUUCGAAUGGACAACCACAAAGAGGAAGCCAUGGAUUACGAUGAUGACAUUGAUGAUAGCUACUGUUUUCGGAUUCGGAAAAUACUCGAGCCUUACAAACCAGAAUGGUGCAAAGCCCAUGAGGAUUGGUCACUUUAUCUAUUUUCCCCUCAGAACCGGUUCCGUGUAAUGUGCCACAAGAUCAUUGCCCACAAGAUGUUUGACCAUGUGGUUUUAGUCUUUAUAUUCCUGAACUGUAUCACCAUCGCCUUGGAGAGGCCUGAAAUUGAUCCACACAGCACUGAGCGAAUAUUUUUAACAGUCUCAAAUUAUAUUUUUACUGUCAUUUUUGUGGCUGAAAUGACAGUGAAGGUUGUUGCUUUGGGAUUUUUCUCUGGUGAAAAAACCUACCUUCAAAGCAGCUGGAAUGUUCUGGAUGGAGUUCUGGUCUUUGUAUCAAUAAUUGACAUCAUCGUCUCUUUAGCAUCUGCUGGAGGAAAUAAGAUUUUAGGGGUUCUUCGUGUCUUAAGACUACUUAGAACACUACGACCUCUCAGAGUCAUCAGCCGUGCACCAGGUUUGAAACUAGUAGUGGAGACCUUAAUAUCUUCCUUGAGGCCAAUUGGUAAUAUUGUGCUUAUUUGCUGUGCUUUCUUUAUCAUCUUUGGAAUCCUUGGUGUGCAGCUCUUUAAAGGCAAGUUCUACUGCUGUGAAGGCCCAAACACAAAGAAUGUCACCAACAGAUCAGACUGUGAGCAUGCCAACUACAAAUGGGUGCGGAGGAAGUACAACUUUGACAACCUGGGCCAGGCACUAAUGUCUCUGUUCGUACUGUCAUCUAAGGAUGGUUGGGUCAAUAUCAUGUACGAUGGAUUGGAUGCAGUGGGGAUAGACCAGCAGCCUCACCGGAACAACAACCCAUGGAUGCUUCUCUAUUUCAUCUCUUUCCUGUUGAUAGUGAGUUUCUUUGUGCUAAACAUGUUUGUUGGUGUAGUCGUUGAGAACUUCCACAAAUGUCGAGUGCAUCAAGAAGCUGAGGAGGCACGUCGCCGGGAGGAAAAACGUCUCAGACGUCUGGAGAAAAAGCGUAGAAAAGCCCAGAGAAGGCCAUACUAUGCAGAUUAUUCUCCUGCUCGACUCUACAUCCACACAUUGUGCACUAGUCAUUAUCUGGACCUCUUCAUCACAUUUAUUAUAGGAAUCAAUGUGGUUACCAUGUCCAUGGAGCACUACAACCAACCACGGUCAUUGGAAGAGGCGCUUAAAUACUGCAACUAUUUCUUCACCAUUGUAUUUGUGUUUGAAGCUGUUCUCAAACUAGUUGCUUUUGGAAUCCGAAGAUUUUUCAAGGACAGAUGGAAUCAGCUUGACCUUGCUAUAGUGCUGCUAUCAAUAAUGGGAAUUACACUUGAAGAAAUUGAAAUUAAUGCCUCACUUCCUAUCAAUCCGACCAUCAUUCGUAUCAUGCGAGUGCUGAGAAUUGCAAGAGUGCUGAAAUUACUUAAAAUGGCAACUGGAAUGAGAGCUUUGCUGGAUACCGUUGUGCAAGCAUUACCACAGGUUGGGAACCUGGGACUUCUCUUCAUGCUCCUGUUUUUUAUCUAUGCCGCCCUGGGAGUUGAGUUGUUUGGCAAGCUUGUUUGCAAUGAUGAAAAUCCAUGUGAAGGUCUGAGUAGACAUGCAACAUUUGAAAACUUUGGUAUGGCUUUUUUAACACUGUUCAGAGUUUCUACUGGUGACAACUGGAAUGGAAUUAUGAAGGACACAUUACGGGAAUGCCACAGUGAUGACAAGCAUUGCCUUAGUUACCUCCCUUUGAUCUCCCCGAUUUAUUUUGUCACUUUCGUUCUGAUUGCUCAGUUUGUUCUUGUCAACGUGGUAGUGGCUGUCCUAAUGAAGCAUCUAGAAGAAAGCAACAAAGAGGCAAAAGAAGAUGCUGAGAUGGAUGCUGAGAUUGAGUUAGAAAUGUCUCGUGGCCUGAGCUCCACCACGUUUAGUGAUGGGCAUACCUCUGCCCUGGAAAGCAGGACUUCAUAUAUAGGAGCAGAAGCCAUGAAACCAGGUUCACCACUACGUGGAACACCAGCUCUGGAGGAUACUCAGUAUGGGAGAGCCAUUAGAGAUGGCCCAAGAGAAAACCUCCUAACAGUCAGGAAAAUUUCAGUGUCUAGAAUGCAUUCCUUGCCAAAUGACAGCUACAUGUUUCGUCCUGUAAAACCAGCUAAAGCACAUUACCCUCUAACAGAAAUGGAUUCAUUUCAAUGCAAAUCACAAACAGGGUCAGUGACAUCUGUUCAAUCCCAGCCUGCUGAAUCCACUUCAUUUCUUAGAAUUCCAGAAGAACCAUUUCAGCCAUCAUCUGCUCCUUGUAGUGAUACCAUUAACCUUCCUAAGAUUCCUCCCCCUCACCUAGCACCAAAGUCUCCCAGUGUGACCAGAUUGCUGCGCAGACAGGAAGCUAUUAGAAUGGACUCAUUAGAUUUUCAGAGUAUUGAUUCAAAGGAUAGCCUCCAAGUGCAGUCUAAUGACAGUCUGCAAAUCAAGGUGCCUUCUCAGCAAACAUUAGUCCCUCCUUUAUUCUGUCCAAAUCCACUGUCUCCACAAGUAACUCCACAACCUUCUCCUAUUUUACGGUCUUACAGCAGGGCAUCCAGUGUCCAUACUCACAAGCAGGUAUAUAGCCAGCACAGUAUUCCAGGCAGAACCUCACAUCGAAAUAGCCACGGUACUAGUACUGGAAGUUCUGUGUUUGAAAGUAUAGAUCCAGCAGAUGAGGAAGUAAGGAAUAUAAACAGUUCAGUAAAAGAGCAGAGAGGACACUCUGAGGGAAGAAGUCUUUCACUAUCACCUUUUAUUUCCCCAUCUGCUUCACCCAUUCCCUUAAAGAAUUGCAACAGUACAAUCAGUCUAGCUGGACUCAGUAGCAAAGAUAAAGAUUUAAAGAAAUUCUAUAGUGUUGAUGCACAGGGAUUCUUGACGAAACCAUCCUGGUCAGAAGAUCAGAGAAGGCAUUCAAUUGAAAUAUGUCCAUCUUUUGAUGAUGCAGAUACAAGUAUUGAAGAAUUUUUAGAUCAAAAAGAGAGCCUUUCUAAAGGCCUUCAGUCACAGUCAGAAUAUAAUCAUGGUACUCAAAGAAAGAAGAAGAUGAGCCCGCCCUGCAUCUCCAUAGAACCUCCCACAGAAAGUGAAAAUUCCAAUAAAUCUCUCACAAAGACAUCUGAAAAUAGCAUGUUAUUACGUAGGCGAACACCAUCAUGUGACUCUACAGCUUAUAAAGACUCUUUAGAUCUUUUAGAUCCUCAAUCUGGGGAUCAGACUUUUAAGGGUGAAAGAAGAGCUGUGCCAUCCUGUCGAAGUGAACAUCUUUCUAUUCCAAAUUUUGCUUUUGAUCAAGCAGAUGGAAGCUCUCUACGUAAUCUCCCUGAUCUCCAAUCUGAUACAAAUCAGUUAGUGCACCACUCAGCAGUGUCUGUGGACUUCAGGUCAGAUAAAGGAGAUCUGGAAAUGAAGAAAAUGAAUCAUUUAAAUGUUUUGUCUGAGAACUCUGAAAAUAAUGAGUUAAGUGUUCCCAAGAGUCCUUUAAGGAAACGAGGGCUUAUUCGCAUGGCUAGAACACAAGAUGAAGACAUAGAUGACCCAGUAUAGCUUUUAUAGAAUCAAAGUGCAUUGUUAAAUACUUUUUUCUAAAAUAGAGGGGUACAAUAAUUGCAGUUUUUUUCUGACAAAGAACUGCUCAAGAGACCAAAUGACUGCUGAGAUUAGAUGUCAUGCCUUUUAACUUAAUUUCUCAUUGACACCAUAGGAAAGGUUAUGGCCACCACUCAUUUUUCAUUGGUGACCAUUUGGCCUUCUAUUAAGGAAAUAUUUUGAGAACCUGAUGGGGCGUUAGAAGAACCACUGUGUUUCCUGUAUUCAGUUGCUGUUUACUUGAUAUAUGGAAUUUUGCAAAAGGAAUAUAUAAAACGGGAUAUGCAAAUAUCUAAUAAAUGAAACUUGGACUAGUUCCCCACAUUACUCAAUCACAUUGAUUCGGGUUUGCUUAUAUCUUCAUAGGCACUUUAUUGUGCACAGCCACAGUAUGCAAAAGUGCCCCAAAGACAUGAACUGUAAAAUGUAUGUAUAUCUGCAGUAUAAAUAGAAAUAAUGUAUUGUGAAAAAAUAUGUCUUCAUAAUGCACAUAUUUUUAUAUAGAAUUAUACUGUUUUGCACACAUUGAUUUGAAUUCAGACUAUGAUGGUGUUUUAUGGUGUUACAACCUAUAUGUAAAUUAGAUCCAUUCCUUUUAGAAUGUGUUUCUUUUUAUUAUUGCCUGCAUCAGAAACAUGUUCCUGCCUGCUGCUUUUUUUCCUUUUUUCUACCAUAUUGUCCUACAUUAAGAACCAAACUGCUAAUGAAUUGUAACCUGUGCAAUAAUUAAGUUAUUCAUUCCAUAUUUCUUAAUUGAAUUGAUUUUUCCUUUACUGAAUCCAGGAUUGCAAUAACCGAAAAAAAUGUUACCAAUAAGGUGCAGUAACUAAAGACAAGAUAAAAAUGGAGAACAUAGUAAGUUAUUAAAUAAAAUGUAUUAUUUUUGUUUGCAGUCAAAGUAAAUUAUUAAUACUGAAGUACAAAGAUAUGUUUGUCUAAGUGAAGUCCACUGUGGAAAUUUUAAGUUGGCAGGGUAUGUUUAUCAACAAUAUGCCAUUGAAGUUACAGUUGUAUGUCUAAUUUAUUUUAAUUAAUUAUCUCCAAAAAUUCUACUCUGCCACUUUACUAGUAAUCUGGUUUGAAAAAGAAGAAUUGUUUUACAUUUUCCAGCUUUGGAUCAGUACACGGCUUCACUCGCAAUUAAAAUCAUCUGUGCACAUA